AAAAAAAAAAAAAAAAAAAAGAACCAUCUCAAAUCUCUACACUUCCCCACUUUCAUCGCCUCCGUUCAACCUUUAUUACUUGAAACGAGACUUCUUUUGGGGGGCGGAGGCCGGAGGGACUUGUACACUGAGUAAAAGCUUGCUCAAAACGCGCCGCCGUGUUCUUCGUGUUCAUGUUGUAAGCGAACGAUUGGAAGUGGGUCUGACCUAGAAGUUAAAGGUACCCCUAAUACCCGAAACUUAAGAGGGUAUCUUCAUUUUCCAUUUUCCGAAUUGCAGGGUGCAGAAACAUACAAUCUUGUCCACAAUCUGAAGCUAAGUGGCUAGAACAAGUCAAGGAACGAUGCAGAAUCUAGUCCAGAAACUUCUGCCUAGAACAACGUUCAAGCAAGCUGUUGCUUUUCGGGCGUAUUGUACUAAUAAGAUACUUGACAUUGGACAGCCUACCGCUUCAUCUCAUCCACAGUUGCUGAAUGAAGGAGAAAUUACUCCUGGAAUAACUGCUGAGGAAUACAUUACAAGAAGAAAAAGGUUGCUAGAACUUCUACCACAGAAUGGUUUGGCCAUUAUUGCUGCUGCGCCUGUGAAAAUGAUGACUGAUGUGGUGCCUUACACGUUUCGACAAGACGCUGAUUACUUAUAUAUCACUGGUUGCCUACAACCUGGUGGCUUGGCGGUUAUGAGUCAUGAAUUUGGAUUGUGCAUGUUCAUGCCUGAAACAAAGCCUUAUGAUGUUCUUUGGCAAGGGCAAACUGCAGGAGUUGAUGCAGCAUUGGAAUUUUUCAAGGGUGAUCAAGCAUAUCCAAUGAAGAAAUUGCGUGAAAUCCUUCCAGAUAUUAUUAGGAGGUCCUCCAAGUUGUUUCAUAAUUCGAACACUGCGACUCCAACUUAUUUGGAUUUAGAGGCCUUUCGAAAAGCGGCAGAGAAUAACUGUGUGAAAGAUAUUUCACUUUUUACUCACGAAUUGCGGUUAAUAAAAUCGACAGCAGAGCAGAAGUUAAUGAGGGAUUCUGCUUCAAUUGCUUGCCAGGCUCUUUUGCAGACGAUGAUUCAUUCAAAGACAUAUCCUCAUGAGAGUAUGUUAUCAGCAAAGGUGGAAUAUGAAUGCAGAAUGAGAGGUGCUCAAAGGAUGGCAUUUAAUCCUGUGGUGGGUGGUGGGUGUAAUGGUAGUGUUAUACAUUAUUCUCGAAAUGAUCAGAAAGUCAGAGACGGGGAUUUUGUUCUAAUGGAUGUAGGAUGUGAAUUGCACGGUUAUGUUAGUGAUCUUACUCGUACCUGGCCGCCUUGUGGAAAGUUUUCUGCCGCUCAGGAAGAGCUCUAUGAGCUUAUACUACAAACAAACAAGGAAUGCAUAAAGCUUUGCAAACCCGGCGCUACUAUAUUGGAAAUUCAUAACUACUCGGUGGAAACGCUCCGGAAAGGCUUCAAGGAGCUUGGGAUUUUGCAAAACUGGAAAAGCGAUUUCUAUCACCAUCUAAAUCCCACUUCUAUAGGUCAUUAUCUUGGUAUGGACGUCCAUGAUUGCGCCAGGGUUGGUUACGAUCGACCGUUGAAGCCAGGUGUUGUAAUAACAAUUGAACCUGGAGUUUACGUCCCAUCCUCUUUUGAAGGUUCAGAGAGGUUUGCUGGUAUCGGGAUUAGGAUAGAGGAUGAAGUCCUUAUAACUGAAUCAGGUCACGAGGUUCUUACAGGUUCAAUCCCAAAAGAAAUUAAUCAGAUAGAAUCAAUGCUGAACAACUUCUGCUUUGGAUCUACGAUGCAUGGCUUAAAUUUUAUGAAAGCCUCAACCAGUUGAUCAAAUGUACACUCAGCAAUCCAAUUGGAGAAGCUUCACUCUUUAGAUGUAUUCCUUUAUCUCUGAGAAUCAAGACUAGAAAGAGGCUUGCAGGCAGUGAUCGGGUAGGUUGGAGGUAGCAGCUGGUUGGGUUAGGUACAUUCAUUUCAUUAAAUUUUGCAUUGGAUAUUUAUAAGAAGCAAGCAGAAAUAGUUUGAAAUAAUGUUCAUACAUAAUGUAAUAAUGUUCUCAUGGAUUGUAUUUGGUUAUGACUUACAAGCCCAUCUUCUGAA